CUUUUCCAUGCGCCAUUUUACUCGGCCAACACGUGUGUAAUCGUGCAACACUAAAAAGCCAAGAUGCCGCGAAUCCCACUUGUGAUGGGCAAGACCUACACGACGCUCGUUCGAGAAGGAACGUCUCGAUCAGGAGUUGAAACUGAUUGGAGAGUAUGGUCUUCGUAACAAACGUGAAGUUUGGCGAAUCAAAUAUGCCCUCGCUAAAAUACGUAAAGCUGCCAGAGAAUUGCUUACCCUUGAAGAGAAAGAUCCACGUAGGCUGUUUGAAGGAAAUGCUCUUCUACGUCGUCUUGUACGUAUUGGAGUACUUGAUGAGGGAAAGAUGAAGCUUGAUUACGUACUUGGUCUGAGAUUGGAAGAUUUCUUGGAACGUCGUCUGCAGACACAGGUCUUCAAGCUUGGGCUUGCCAAAAGUAUUCACCAUGCUCGUGUCCUCAUCAGACAAAGACAUAUCCGUGUGCGCAAGCAGGUGGUGAACAUACCAUCAUUUGUUGUAAGAUUGGACUCCCAGAAGCACAUUGACUUCACAAUGACCUCACCAAUUGUUGGAGGCCGACCAGGACGUGUAAAGAGGAAGAACAUGAAGAAGGGAAACAAGGGAGGUGAUGAUGCUGGAGAUGACGAUGAAGAUUAAACUCAACCCUCCCUCAUAUUAGGCUGGUUCCUAUGGCAACAAGAUUACUUGCCAAAAUACAAUAGACAUUCUGAUAUAAAUUGUAAAUCUAAACCACCUAAUAAAUGAGCACUUGUGAAUAAG